AUGAUCGACAAAGGCAUCUCCCUCCUCAGCAUUUCGGGCGCGGUGCUGUGCGUUGUCGGAGUAGGCUAUGCGUCUCUCUCCUUGCGAUGGCGUGCCCGCUCCCACGGCCUUCCUUUUCCUCCCGGCCCCAAAGGGCUCCCAUUGAUAGGGAACAUAUUCAACUUUCCGACGACAUGGGCAUGGGUCGAGUUCCAGAGGCUGGGUGCAGAGUACGGGGACGUCCUAUACUUCCGGGUCUUGGGACAGUCUAUCCUGGUGCUCAACAACGCAACCGCAAUCGCAGAAUACCUCGAUAAGAACACCGUGAAUACAUCGGACCGCGCACGGAGCAUUACCUUGAUGGUAGAGCUCACGGGAAACACCCAUAAUGUCGGCCUCAUGCCGUAUGGCCAACGAUGGAGAGAUCACCGCCGGGUUCUCUGGCAGUACUUUCGCAGUGAUGCCGCUCGCGCGCAACAACCUACCCAACGCGCGGUCGCGCACAUCUUCCUGGAGAAGCUUCUUACCUCACCCUCGAAGCUCGAAAAACACAUCAGAUAUGCCUUCGCUGGAUCGGCACUUCAUGUGACCUACGGUAUCGACUACACAUCCGACGUCGGCGACAAAUACUCUGAGGCAAUGAGUACCGCGAUCGUCUCUGUCUCGGAGGGCCUGGUGCCCGGCCGGUUCAUGGUUCAGUACUUUCCAUUCCUCCGUUAUGUACCGUCAUGGUUCCCGGGCGGUGGGUUUCAAAAACAGUUCGCCCAAUGGCGCGGGGACAACCACAAGGCCAUCACGAUGCCGUACGAGUAUGCGUGCGUUGAGAUGCAUUGUGACAAGGACGUGCAAGAUUCCAUGGUCGGACAGCAUAUCGCACAUCUCAUCCGAACUGGGGGAGUCUCGCCGCAGGAUGAGGAACUGCUCAAGAACGCGAGUGCUAUCGCGUUUGAAGCGGGUGCAGACACUACCCUGUCCACCGUAAAAGGCGCUUUAUUGGCGCUUUCUCUCCACCCGGAAGUCAUCAAGAGAGCACAAGAAGAACUAGAUACCGUAGUGGGACCGAAUCGCCUCCCGGAUUUCGACGACGAGCCUUCUCUCUUGUACGUCAAGGCGGUCAUCAUGGAGGUAGCGCGCUGGUACAACGUGCUCCCCCUCGGCGCUGCUCAUGGUACGAUCGACGACGACGAGUGGCGUGGCUGGUUCAUCCCCGGAGGCACACUCAUCCUGCCUAACGUCUGGGCUUGUAUGCACGACCCGCAGAUGUUCCCCGAGCCCUUGGAGUUCCGCCCAGAACGAUUCAUCAAAGGUGAUGCCAUCGACACGACCCUCGUCGACCCGACGGUGUUCAUGUUUGGGUAUGGAAGGAGGGUCUGUGUCGGGAGGCACUUUGCACGCGCAGGACUCUUCAUCACUCUCGCGUCUCUCCUCCAUGUCUUCGACUUGUCGGCGCCGCUUGACGAACGCGGCGAGCCUAUCAAGAUCGAGCCGCGCUUCACUGACGGAGCCCUGUCGUAA